AUGCAAAUUAUAUGGGCAUAUGUUUCCUUUACCAAGUGAGAAUUCCCUGCGGGACGGGCUGAUUGGAAGAUCGCCGCAGCGGAAGUUGACGUCGGGAAGCACAGGCUUGCUGCCCUGAAGAAAAUUUGUGUGGGCCGAUUUUUGGAGUCGGCGAACCAAGGGAGAUGCUGGGCGCAGAGGUUCUCUCUGCGCGGAGUUGUGGUGUUGUGGUGUUGUGGUGUUGUGGUGUUGUGGUGUUGUGGUGUUGUGGUGUUGUGGUGUUGUGGUGCUGUGGUGUUGUGGUGUUGUGGUGUUGUGGUAAAACUCAUAGGGUAGGGUAAGGUAAUUCUUUGUUUGUUUGUUUGUUUACCAAGUGAAAACAAAAAUCACUGCAUAUUCAAAAGGAAACAUGAAUCUAUUUUGUUUUAUUGCCAGCUCUCCCAAGGUCUCACCUAUUAAAAACUAAUACUCUUGAAGAGUCUUCAACACCUGACGCACAAAAUUUUAAGAUCAAGCGAAGCAUAAAGCGUUGUAAAAUCAAAUACGAUGAUAAAUUAAGAAUUUUAGACUACAUAACUCGUCAUCUACACAAUACCUUUAUCUCUAAGUUGUUUUGAGUAAGAAACAGUCAAGAAGCUAAAGUUUUCAUGAAUAGAAACAAUCUUGAAAAUCUCAAAGAUAAAAGAGGUCAUAAAUUAAAAAUAAGCUCUUAG